ACAAGUCUGACCAAGGUCGAUGUUAACGGCAUUCUUCGCUAUGGCUCUUUCGACGCCGACGAAACUGGACUAUCAUCCGUCACUUCCGUGCCUUCGAUUAACAAACGAUCUUUUCAAGAGAUCCAUAGCUAUCCCGAGAGUCAGGGUUCUGAUGACGACAGGGCGACAAAAAGACAGGCUCUAUCUUCUGAAGAUACUCGUCCCUCAGAUGACGCCACAUCUAGCAGCCGCUCAUCGCUACUUUCUAACAUCCAAGUCACAGCACGCCCGAAUCCAGAGAUAAACUCUUCCCUGAGAGAUGAUCGCAUACAAUCAGCCCCUAAAGCCCCUACACCAAAGACGAAGAAAUUCUCCAAGGUCAUCAGAUUGACAACCCAUGCUCGUCCGAGAUCAUCCAUCCCCAUCCAUAUGUCCUGGGAAGAAUAUGGAAGACAGUGUAUCUCAGCAGCUCAUUCGUCACGCCUCAAUCCGUACGCUCUGCACCCGGGAGAGUACAGACUCUUGCGAGACCAUAUCACACAAGCCCAAGUCACUACAUAUCUGAACAUCCGCAAUGGCAUCCUUCGUCUUUGGGUUCGAAACCCCUUGGUCAGCGUCUCUAAGGAGGAAGCAGCUGGAUGCGCAAAAGACAUACGCUUCUUUGACUUGGCACAUACGUCGUAUUGGUGGUUGGUCAGAAAUGGCUACAUCAACUUUGGUUGUGUCGAGGUUCCUCAUGCAGGCAUUCUCAGCGCCAAGCGAAAAUCAAUACCUAGACAGAGAACAAUUGUCGUCGUGGGUGCUGGCAUGGCAGGCCUCGGUUGUGCAAGACAACUUGAGGGGCUGUUCGCGCAGCUCGGCGAUCACUGGACCGACGUUGAAGAAUUGCCUCCAAAGGUCGUCGUAUUGGAGGGAAGGAAACGAGUUGGUGGUCGCGUCUACUCACAUCCGCUUCGAGAGCAAGUGCCUGACAGCUUGCCAAACGGCUUGCGAAACACUGCUGAGAUGGGCGCUCAGAUCAUUACUGGCUUCAACCAUGGAAAUCCCUUGAACGCAAUCGUGCGUGGCCAACUUGCCCUCCGCUAUCACCUUAUGUGGGAUGAGAUCACAAUGUACGACUCUGAUGGGCUCGCAGUCAACCACGAGCGCGAUAUGAUGGUCAAUAAGAUUCACAAUGAUCUUUUGGAGCGAGCGAGCGACUUCCGCGUGAAGCCAACACCUAUAGAGACACUAGAGGGACUCCCAGACUAUGUUGAGGUCUGUCAAGAUCCCGUAGAGAUCAAAACGGACAGGACCAAUGCUCCUACUUUGAACAAAGAAAGGCAACAAGCUGUGCCCCCGGGCUUCGCCAAGCUCCAAGGAAGGACUCAGGUAGUUGCUGGCAACAGCUCGAGCCGAACAGCGGCACAAGCUGUACGGUCGGCUGGUUGGCAAUUGCGACCUGGCAUAACAAAAAGACAUUCCCUCGCGCUUGAUGCCAUAGCCAACGAGUCGGACAAGCCAACAUUAGGCGCAGCCAUGGAUGAAGCCAUCCGUCAGUAUCAAGAACUGGUCGAGUUGACACCCCAAGACAUGCGUCUACUUAACUGGCACUACGCCGAUCUCGAAUACGCAAACGCUGCUACCGUUUCCAAUCUCAGUUUGGGUGGCCAUGACCAAGAUAGCGGUAACGAGUUCGAAGGUCGACAUUCUGAAGUGGUAGGUGGAUACAUCCAGGUGCCCCGUGGUCUCAUGAUGCUACCAUAUCCUCUCGACGUUCGCUUCGAGUCAGCCGUGAACAGAAUCAUCUACAAUGCCAACGAUGAUGAGGAGGACAGCUCAGCAACAGUGUUGUGCACCAAUGGAGAAGUUUUUGAGGCCGACCAAGUCAUUUUGACCUCCCCACUUGGUGUGCUCAAAGCCGAGACCAUAGCCUUCGAGCCAAGUCUGCCAGACUGGAAGAAAGGGGCCAUUGAGCGAAUGGGCUUCGGGCUCCUCAAUAAGGUGGUCAUGGUCUUCGAACACGCUUUCUGGGAUAGCCAGUACGACAUGUUCGGAUUUCUCAACGACGCCGAGAACAAGGACAGUCUGAACCCUGACGACUAUGCCGCCCGUCGUGGCCGCUUCUACAUGAUGUGGAACUGCGAGAAGAACAGCGGUCGGCCAGUACUCAGCGCUCUCAUGUCUGGUCGAGCAGCUCAUGAGGUGGAAACCACAAACAACGAAACGUUACUACAAGAAGCUCUGCAGAAGCUGAGGCGCACGUUCGGGGCUGAGAAUGUUCCUGCUCCUGUCGAAGUCAUCGUUACACGAUGGAAGAGGGAUCCUUUCGCAAGAGGCACAUACUCGUUUGUUGGACCUGCUACCAGCCCAUUGGACUAUGACAUUAUGGCGGCGCCUGUGGGGAACCUUCACUUCGCUGGAGAAGCCACUUGCGGUACUCAUCCUGCGACUGUCCACGGCGCAUAUCUAUCGGGACUCAGAGCAGCUGCCGAUGUCAUUGACACGAUGAUCGGCCAAACGGCAGUCCCAGAGCCUCUGGUAUUGUCUCGACAGAACCUUGCGAUCUCCGGCUUCGAAGGGACAUCCGAGAUGGCUAGUACAGAGUCACCACUAAGAGACAUCUACGCAGGGACGCCUAGUGUGGUUCAAAAGCGGGUAGGCAGACCCCCUGGCAGACCUCCAGGUAGACCUCCGGGUAGACCACCAGGCAGGCCAAAGAAGGUCGUUGAGCCGGUACAACAUCUCCCUGCGGUGAUGCCGAAUCCGCCAGCACCGUUGAAUCCCUACAGAUCGUCAACCAACAGCAAGUCUGUUGAGGACGAAGCAUACGAGGCUGCAAUCAUUGAUGCCAUCCUUUCCGAACUCGGCCCUCGCCCUUUGAAGCCCUCCAGGCCUGGUGCAAGCGUAAACCCGUACCUUUUGUUCACGAACGACUAUUGGGCACGCUGCAAGGAGGAAUUGAGUCAGGCGAAGCAGAAAGCGAGCGGUGACAGCACAGCUAAGGCUUUGCGAGAAGAGAUCCGCACUGAGGUAGGUCGUCAAUGGCGGAUGUCAAGUGACGAGGUCAAGCGACCCUACAUCGAGCAGACGCAAGCGGCACAGCAAGCGGUAAAAGAGACGCGAGCGCGACAUGAGAAGGAGGCAGCCCAGUGGGAUCAGGAUGCCCGGCGAAUCAGACUCGGCUAUCAAAAGGCGCAUCCGCCUACCAAUGGCAGCGAGUGGACGGGAGGCACCAGCAUCGAGGUGGCUCCCUUGGCACNNCCUCGGCGCAAGCAGACUAUCAACUACACUGAAUCGGAUGGCGAGGCC